AUGAAGCUGGCGUACCUUUUCCUUGGCCCCACGGCCUUCCUCCUUCUGGCUGGCUGUGUCUGUGUCCUCAGCACCUCCAGCGGGAACCUGAGCACCUUUGUGGGCUGUGCUGUGAGGGAGUUUACUUUCCUGGCCAAGAAGCCAGGCUGCAGGGGCCUUCGGAUCACCACGGAUGCCUGCUGGGGCCGCUGUGAGACCUGGGAGAAGCCCAUUCUGGAACCCCCUUACAUUGAAGCUCAUCAUCGAGUCUGUACCUACAAUGAGACAAAACAGGUCACCGUAAAGCUGCCCAACUGUGCCCCAGGAGCUGACCCCUUCUACACCUACCCUGUGGCUGUCCGCUGUGACUGCGGAGCCUGCUCCACUGCCACCACUGAGUGUGAGACCAUCUGA